AUGUAUCUAAAGGGAGCACCAACAUUCACAUGCAUUACUGAUUGCAUGCCGUUAACUAAAAUUUGGGAAAAGAAACAACCACCACUAAGAAUCGAACGUUGGGGAUUGCGACUUCAACCGUUCAAAAUGAAAAUAGAGUAUAGGUCAGGGAAAGAUAAUCCCUCAGAUUUUAUGUCCCGUCAUCCAUUAAAAUAUAUGGAAGAACGAAAUAUAGCAGAGGAAUACGUGUCAUUUGUCGCAGAACAAUCAUUACCAAAUGCAAUGACAGUAGAUGAGGUAAAAAUGGAAUCACUGAAAGAUAAGACAAUGCAAAAGGCAGUCGAAUUUACAAAGAAUGGUAAAUGGUAUGAAUUGAAAACACUGAAUGACCCAGAAAUAGACAAAGAAGAAUUAUCAUCUUUUCGUAGUAUAAAGGACGAAUUGACUGUGUAUAAUGAAACAUUAUUGAUGAAAAAUGAUAAACUAGUGAUUCCAAAAUCACUCCGUGAAAAAGCAAUAAAACUAGGACAUGAAGGUCACCAAGGAAUUGUGAAAACAAAAAGCUACAUAAGAUCGAAA